CUGCAACAAAUUUGAAAUUAGUUCUAACGAGCAUUUGAUAGAGUACACAUCGUUUAAGAGUGGACAAAAAAUAGUUAUAGUUUGAGAAAAUAAAAAUGGUUCAAGAAUAUUUACAAAUAUCCUAUGAUAACAACAAUAAAAUCUGGACUUCCACACAUUAUCCCUAUAAGGAUCAAAUUAAAGGCUCUUUGGGAGAGAGAUUUUUAAAAACAAUGCGCAGUAUAAAUCCCAAUAAAAUUAUUGAUCAUUUCUAUGAUACAAAUAGACAAAAGACCGCCAAAGAGGUUUAUGAACAGUCUAUUAUAGUUGCCAAAAAUUUACAGCGAUUGGGUGUCAAGAAGGGUGAUGUUGUGGCAUUUUUCUGCAUGAACAAUGAAGAAGUAGCGGUAUUGACCAUGGGUUGUAUUUUGAUUGGUGCUUUGGUGAAUUAUUUCGAAGUAUAUAUGGAGGGAGAACACACCGAUUACGUUUUUAACCUAGUGCAGCCCACGGUGGUUUUGUACGAAGAAACCUAUAAAGCCAAAUGUCUACAAUCGCUUGAACGUACUCAACUUAAAUCCUACAAAUAUGCAUUAUCUAUUGAUGGUCAACAGCAACCAAAUAUAAAAUCUGAGUUACUUACAUGGGAUGGUGACAUUGAUUUUGAACAAUUUGAAAGUGUAGAAGUUAAAGAUCCAGAAAAUGAAUUGGCCUUCCUGGCACUUACUUCAGGUUCUACAGGCAUACCAAAAGUAGUACAAAUUACACAUACAUUAAUGUUGCACGGCAUACACAUCUGGUGGGAUAAUAAAGAUAAUUAUCAACCUUUGACUGAAGAAGCGGUACUCUUCUCUUUCAGUCCCUUGCGUUGGAUUAGUCAGUGUGCAAUGCUUUUGGAAUCCAUGUUAAUGGGUCUUAAACGUAUUAGUUCAAGUGGUGCACCUACGGGAAAAUAUGGUUUAGAGUUAUUGAGGAAAUGUCAUAUAACUCAUGUAUUUGUGGCACCCUCUAUAUUUUAUAAUAUACUUUUGGAAUUAAACGAAUCUGAUGUGGAAUCUUUAAAAUCAUUAAAACUAAUAUUGUUGGGUGGUGAACCGGCUUCAACGAUUCUCUUGACUUUAGGCAAGAGACAUUGUGUUAAUGCCAAAUUAUAUCAAUGUUAUGGCAUGACCGAAAUGACCUCUUGCAUAUCGAAUGAUGAAGAUAUAAAUGGUGGUAAAUUGCUGCCUGGCUAUCAAAUGCAAAUAUUAGAUGAUCAAUGUCGACCAGUUGGUCCCAAUCAGAAAGGUCAAAUUGCCUUAAAGCCACCAUUUCCUUUAAAAGGCUACAAGGGUAUUGAUUCGCAAAAGUAUUACAAUGAAAAUGGCAUGUUUAUAAAUGGUGAUUAUGGUGUAAUCGAUGAUCAAGGCUAUUUGCAUGUUUUGGCUAGAUAUAAGGAUUUGAUUUAUUCAAAUAAUUUAACGAUUAUACCCAAUCCCUUGGAACAUAUUGUUAUGGAUAUGCCUGAAAUUUGCGUAGCACGUUUGGCCGGUUAUCGCAAAACACCUGACAACCCCAAUGAAAUUGGUGCCUUUUUUGUGGUACUUAAUAAGGGAGUUACUGCCUCUCAGGAUGAGAUCUCUAAGAAAAUCUUUAAUGUUUUAAAAUCUCAUUUAACUGCUGAAGAAUUGGCUGUUAUACAAGAUAUUUAUUAUGUUGAUUCUGUACCGGUUACCACUUGUGGUAAGGUUGAUCGUGUAGCCUUAAAGAAUUUGGCUUUGAAAAAGUCACAAAUUAAGUAGAUUUUUUUAAGGUUGUUUAAUGAGCUAAGUAGUAGUUUUAUAAUAUAUUUUGAUAUAAAAACUUUAUUAAAAAAAUAUUUAAAAA